AUGAUUCACAAGUGGUUCCUCUGGCUCACCUGCCUGGCCGGGGGUGGAGUCGAGGCAUUGUCACUCCACCAGCGGGACAAACCAGCAAUUGUCAAGAUCCCAGUUCAGCGCGUAGAGAACGUUGCCACCCGGCUUCAGAAACGAAUAUCUACAGUCUCGGCACCAUUUGAAGUUCAGGAGAUCCAAGUUCGAUUGGAUACAAGUAGCGGGUAUCUCGCGAUAACCGCGUCCAACUCAAACUAUUGUGAAUCGACAAACGAAGAAGCAUACUUCAACAUCAGUAGCUUCUCAACGUAUCAGGUGCUCGAUCACGAUUUCAAUGCGACAUAUUAUCAGGACCAUAUUCUGACGGGAGACUUCGCACACGAGAAAGUGGCGAUCAAUGGAGCCAUUAUACCCGCCAUGGAACUAGGUGUCAACUUUGGAAUCGAUGGUGACAAUGUUCUUGGCCUAGAAAACCUUGUGGGCCGAGAAUCAGAUGCCCCUGCGAGGAUCCUCCAGGCUUUGAUGAAAACCGGUGACAUCAAAUCAGCCGCGUACAGUCUGUGGAUGGAUGACUCUAUUGGAACCAUAGGAAGCAUUCCCUUUGGUGGUGUCAACACGGCAAAGUACGUCGGAGAACAUGCAUACCAUGUCUAUUCCAGCUAUCAACGGCGUCCACCAUCUCCCCGUAGCCCUGGUGACAGGGAUUGCAAUUCAAGCCGGCGGUGCCUCCAAGAACACGACAUCCGAUUUACCUUUCUACGUGGCUCUGGACUCGGCGGUGUCAUGGACAUAUCUCCCAGAUGGGGUUAUCGAACAGAUCUAUAA